CAAACUUUUCCCCCCAUGCCAGGCUCAGCUCAGGCUUUGGAAGAGGGAAGAAAGUUCUGGUUUAUAUUCCUUGAUAAACCUGCAUCAAAUUUGCUGAGAGAUCCUGAGACGGGAGAGCUGGGGGAAGAUUUUCCUCCCCUUUUUGUCCUUUUCUACCCUUUUGCUGUUGUAUUUCUUGCUGUGUUUUGGAUUUCUUGCUGCAUUUUGGAUUUCUUGCUGGUUAUAGAACACGGAAGUUCCUGCUGCUGCAGUGAGGGAAGGAGAUGCCAGAGCAGUGGGCAAUGCUCGUUUAAAGGCAAAUAUCGCCCUUUGUUAAUUGGUGUGGGUGAUGAGAAGCUUUCUGCUCGAUGUUUGUGACCAGCUGAUCUCCCAAAAAGGAGACUUGGAUGGGUCCUCUGCAAAGGAGCUCCUGGGACCUGCCAUCUCUUGGAUGCAGCUCUGGGCCUUAGAUAUCGCCAGGUUUUUCUGGUGUACAACUUCAAUUUUAACACAUCAGCUCCUCUCAGACUUGGUACAAAAGGUUUCCAAAUCUUUUAGUUUGGAAGUGUGGCCAAAGCUGUAUUUUACAGACAAUGUGAGACUGAGAUAGAAAAGAGAGGGAGAUUUUUCUUGCAAAGCAGAGUCAGAUAAUGGACCCAUCUCCUUUAUGUUAUUUGUGCUUCUCCCAGGAUUUCAAGAGGAUUGGUCCACCCACAAGCGGCAUAAUACUAUUAAAAACAGGUUAUUAAUACAUCCCACCAGAGAGCAGAGACAAAAGUAUCCCCACCCAGGGUGCAGUUUUUAGCUCAUUAUCUGUGUUUUGUGAAACCUUUCUCCCUCACUUCAUCCCCAGAUUUCUGCUCCCCAUGGUCAGGACUGCAGUGCUGAGCACCUGCCUGGGUCAGGCCAGUGCAGCACUUCUAUGAGCAGCAGCUCAAACUGACAGUUAAGCAAAAUAUUCCUUUUUCUCUGCCAGCUGGAGCUGUUUUCAGUUCAUUUGUUAUUCAUCAGACCAUGGAUUUUUCUAGGAACAUCAGCAGAUGCUGAUCACGAGGGGCUGCAGGGUAGAAAGUGGGAGAAUUCUCUUUAGACCCCAAACAUUCCUGUUCUCCCUCUCCCUGGGGAGCAUUGCUCCCUCUUACAGCACACAAAACCCUUUUUUUAGCCCAUGACCCACAGAAAAAGCACAAAUUUUCAGUGCCAUUCCCACAGGAACCAUGCAGGAAUGUUGGGUUGUUGGUUUUAUUUUCUUUUCCCCCCAAGUUGGGAGCUGAAGGGCAAAAUCUCUAAGUGCUUUUUGAAGGGAGGGCUGUGUGAGGUUUUCCUGAUUCCUUUCACAUGGGCCAAGGAGGAGCUGUUCUGUGGUAAAUCACAUUCCCUGCAGAUGAAAUCCUGAUCCUGGAGCCUCGAGCCAUUGGAUUUUGGGUCCUUCUCCUUUCCCCACCUCCAUGCAGAAUUCCCAGUCACAACAGGGGAAGCUGAUGGUGGUGUUUUGUUCCAAUGACAAGGAACAAAACUUAUCCAAUGAUAAGGCUCUUAUCCAUGAAUAAACAGAGAUUUCAGGAGAGGUGAGGUUCCUUUGGGACAGUCAGAGAGCUCCACUCCCAGCACUGAUGGUGGUUCUCUCUGUAGCACCUCUUAGGACAGGUUUUGCUGUAAUAUAUGUUGGGUUUGUGUUAUUUUGGGGACUGGGAUGAAGCAGUGCCAGUGUCCUGAGAAAUUAAGUGGAGAUACUGGAAAUUGUGCUGAAAAAAACAUUUAAAGGAGGCUGAACAAAGGAAAGAGAAAUGCUAAGAAUAAUCCAUGAAGGUUAAAAAAAAAAUUAUUUCUGAGCUAAAGGCUGCCCUGGGGAAGGGAGCCAUGUGUUGUGUGUUAGGCACAGCCCUGCUUUAAGCCAAACAUUUCAGCAACUGAGUGAAAAGAGCAAAGCUGAGGUGAUGGAAUGAGGGGGGUGCAUCGUGUUGUGCAAAUGAUCCCGAGCUUUCUGUUCCCAAGGCCUCUCUUUGUGCAUUGUGGGUUUUAUGCAACUUCAUUCACCAUUCCUUCCCUCCUGACAGCUGCUCAGAGCCUGCUGCUUCCCAGAGCUCGGGAUGUGCAUCCCUGGAUGUUGGCUUGGAAAAUCCCAGCUCCCUACAAAGGAGAAUCCGGGGAGGACAAAGCAGAGUCAGUUCUGUGCCCUUCCCUGCUCCCCUUUCCCUGUUAUAUCACAUGGAUUCACUCGGUGUCACGAGUUCCACUGCUUUGAGACAGAAACCAGUGCCAGGAAUGUUUCUGCUGCCCAAAUAUAGUCAGCAUGACAGAUCUUGCCUGGAGUCCAAACCAAAUAUCCACGCUCCAGAACCUCUCAAACUCAGCAGAACUCUGGAGCUGCAGCAGCAGCUGCCUGGUGAAGAAUGGGGUGUAUUUCCAGCAGUGUCAGCAAGGAUUCUGGUGGCUCCAGAGGAGCAGGGACUUUGUCAGGAGCAUUGCUGGUGUGCACAGCAAGGAGCUCCUGAGGCUCCCUCAGCUCCAUGAGCUGUAUCUGGGAGUCCUGAGUCCUCUCCUCAUCUGACUCUCCUUUCCCUAAAAAACGAAGUUUGUCUUGGCCUCAAUGCUGAGCUGGUUUCUCAGCAAAUAUUUGGCUUGAACUUUAAUCAUUUUGAGAGCUUCCUGCAGCCAGGGGUUUCGUGGGGUUGGAUGUGCUGAAUUUUGGUGUAGAUGGGCACAGUGGAUGCGGGGAGAGAAGGCAAAGUGCUUUCCAAGAAACUGCUUUCUGAUCCACCCAGGGAUCACCUGACAGGGGAGCAGGAUCCUAAAAUGUCACAGUGGUUGUGAAUCAUCUCUGCAGCCCAAGAUUCCCAGUCAGUCAGCACAAGAUAAAACAGAUCAUGUGCAGCACGGUCUCUUCUCAUUCAGAAUCGUUCUGUGACUCAUGGAAAAGGGUUUUCUUGGCUAUGCUGACCCUUGGUAGCUGUAUGGAGAAGUAUUCAGGAACAGUGGGGUCCUAAAAAUGCACUUUACUAAAGCUUUGUGCACUCAGCUGUGCUGAGAUGUAUUUCACAAAAACUUUUACCUUCUUUAUAUUAUGAAGGAAAUUUUUGGCUCCCUCAGGCAGUGCUUGGAGAUUGUGAGUCCCCAAUCUUUAAAGUUUGGGUUCUUCUGCUCCCCUUCACAAAAAUGAGUGCCACAAUAAUAAGGCACUGAGUGGGUGCCUGAAGGGUUUCAGGUUCCUGUUCUGACAGAUUCCACAUUGACCUCAGGCAAAUCUCUUCACCUGCUCUGAGCUUGUCCAAGGAGCAGGACAAAGCUCUGCCCUGAGUCUGGACUGGGGGACAUUCACUUGCCCCAAGGGACCAGGCUGCUCCACUUGCCCCAAGGGACCAGGCUGCUCCAGCAGGAGGAGAAGUGGGUGUGCAGUGCAUAAAUUAAUGUCUCUCUCCAGCACUGCCGAGUCCUCCUGGCUCUAGGAGAGGCACUUAAAGCUGUUCCGUGACUCAAUGUUCUUCCAGCUCUGUGUUUGAUAAAAAUAUUUUUCUUGCAAGCCAGUGCUGCCGUACUGGAGAAGAGCUCUUGGCUGGAGGUCUGGAGCCCCAUUCCGAGGCAGGUUUUUCCUUCAAGACUCCUCUCUCAAUCAGCCUUUCAGUUCUCAUCUGCAGGCUCUGAAAGAAAUUUUGAGAAUUUGGGCACUCAAGGCACAGAUCAGUUGAGUUUCUCCCUUGGUGCUGUGAUUGCAGCUCAAACCACAAACAGGGCUGCAUCUGCAUCUAUUUCGAGCUCCAAAUGCAGGACUUUUACAGUCAUGCACAGGCACAUUCCUUCUGCCAGCGGUGCUCCUGAGGAAGGAGGAAUCAUCCCUAGAAAGCUGCAGCAAGCAGCUGAGGGCAGCCAAUUCCACAGGAGGGAGAGUCCUAGACCCUGCUUUCUGCUCUUCCUCCUGCUCUCAGCUUCCCUUUGUAAUUCUGUCCCUUGUUUCCUUGCCUGUUACUCCUUAUCCUGUCCUUCUCCUGGGGUCUGAACCACUGCUGCACUUCGUGGUGUUUUUCCUUGGUGAGAAUUGAAAAUGUUCAUGAAAUUCUACACCCAGACUCACUUUUUUAUCCUGAGUUGUUUAAAAGCUCCAGGCCAGCUUUAGGCUGAAAAUAUAUGAAACUAAUAAAAUGUUGCAGGCUUGAUUAUGAACUAGGGUGGAAAAAAUUCCAAUUAAAGCACUUUUUAUUAUUAAAAUUACAAGGCUUUUCUGAAAACUUGCAAAUGCCUCAGAUGCCCUUAAUCAAUUUUUACAUGACCUUCUCCCUCCCUGGCAUUUGCUGGUGGGAAUGGGAGCUUGCAGAGUUCUUUUUCCUCUGUCUGGUCCUGAGCUGGGGUUGAGUUCACCCCACUUCAGGACCAGACAGAAAAGUGCAGCUGUCUCUGGAAACCUGAGAAUUUCUGAGUGAGCUUUCUCAAAAAGCCGUGAAUCGAUUCUUGUCUGGUUGGAGAGCUUGGAGAUGCCUCAAAGAACCUGCCAGCUGAAGACAAGCUGACAAACCCCUCCAAGCCAGUCCUCCAAAACAAGAGUGGCCUGAAAAUACUCAAUAACCCAAGCACACCAGAAACUUGCAGAUCCCCAGCCAAGUUUGAUGGAAGAGGGGCUGGUGUUUACUUUUGUAUGAAUUUGUAAACUCCCCGAACAGUUUCACAAGCAGAGAGCCCAGACUGCUCUCCCAGCAUCUCAUUUUUCAUCCUGAGGACAGCCCCAGCCCGUGACAAAUGAUGUGUAGCAUCCCCAAUGACACAUUCCAAGGGGGUGAUGUCUCCCUUCUGGAUUCCUUUUGCUGCCUCCUCCCCGUGUGGUUUGUUGUGGGGUUUUUUUUUGGUUUUUUGGUUUUGUUUUUUUUUUUAUUACUAAAGCUGACAACUGCAGAUUUGCCUUCUGUUGCUCACACAGUUAAAGAGAAGAGUUCAUGUCCACCCCAGCUUGUUUCACUUUGCUGCUGCUCCUCCGCCAGCCCAAAUUUUAGCUGCAGUAACACAAUCCUACUUGGCAGAGCCUGAGAGAAUCUUUGCCACAUUGGAAAGAGGCUUAAUGUAAAGUCUACUUUUUCCUUCUUCUUCUUUUUUAAAUUUUUUUUUUUUUUAGAGCUUUUUCAAACUCCCCUGGUUGUGCACAGCUCUGGCAGUAGCUGCAUGGCUGCUCACAAAUGGUCCAAAUGUGAGCUCAAGGAUUACAGAUGCGUUCUGUGAAGGGAAUAUCUUGAGUGCUUGUCCCAAAAACUCCUCAAGAACAACAUGGAUCAGGCUGAACAACAUUCUUCAGGCAGAAGGAAAAGCCCCUUGUCCCUGGAGAAGAAAAAGAGCAGUGGCUGGAGAACCACACUGGGGUUUUUGUGUCUGUUCCCUGUGCUGGUUUUGCUGGUGGUUGUGGAAUAUCCAGCUGGAGCUGCAGUUCAUGAAAUUCAGGAAGAUGUCCCGGGCUCAGCUCUGCUCAUCCCAGCUCCUCCUCGGCCUGCGGCGCGGAGCAGGCGAUACACGAUCACCCCAGGCCACCUCAAGUGGGACCACUUCAACCUCACCUACAAGAUCCUGUCCUUCCCGAGGAACCUCCUGAGCGCCAGGGACACGCGCCGGGGGCUGGCAGCUGCAUUCCGCAUGUGGAGCGAGGUGUCCCCAUUCAGCUUCAGGGAGGUCCCACGGCACCUCCCCAGUGACCUCAAAAUAGGUUUCUACUCCAUCAACCACACAGACUGCCUGGAGUCUCUGACCCACCACUGCUUUGAUGGCACCACGGGUGAACUGGCCCAUGCCUUCUUCCCACCCCACGGAGAAAUCCACUUUGAUGACCAUGAGUACUGGAUCCUGGGGAACACCAGGUUCAGCUGGAAGAAAGGGGUUUGGCUGACAGACCUGGUCCAUGUGGCAGCCCAUGAGAUUGGACACGCCCUGGGCCUCAUGCACUCGCUGAACCCCAAUGCCCUCAUGCACAUCAAUGCCACCCUGACGGGCAAAAAGAGCAUUUCCCAGGAUGAAGUAUGGGGAAUCCACAGGCUCUAUGGCUGUAAGGACAGGUUAUUUGUGUGCCCAGUAUGGGCAAAAAAAGGCUUCUGUGAGAAGCGCAGGAAGCUGAUGAAGAAGCACUGCCCAUCCAUCUGUGACUUCUGCUAUGAAUUCCCAUUUCCAACAGUGCCCCCCACUCUGCCCCCAUCAAGGACCAAAACCAAGACAGUUUCUGAGGGCAGGAAUGUCACCUUCCGCUGUGGACAGAAGAUCAUUCAUAAAAAAGGCAAAGUCUACUGGUAUAAAGAUAAGGAACUUCUGGAAUAUUCAUAUCCAGGUUAUUUAUCCCUAAAUGAAGAUCACAUGAGCAUCAUUGCAAAUGCAAUUAAUGAAGGAACUUACACUUGCAUAGUGAAGAAAAAAGAAAGAAUCCUGACUACUUAUUCCUGGAGAAUCAGACUGAAGCACUGACACAACCCUGGAAGGAGCCCUUCAG